AUGCCUUCCAACAACACAACAAACGAUCGAGUCGCAGCUGUUGAAAGCUGCAUCUGUCACCUGAUGGACCAGCUCCUCAACAUGAGAAGCAACGAUCGUGUCGAUGGUUCACUUGCAACGACAACAAACUCAACAACGACUUCCAACAGCCUGAAUGUUGAAGGUGGUGAUGAUCAUGAUAUCAAGCACUCAUUCAACAGAAGCAACGACGAUGAUGAUGAUGACGACAAACAAAAGAGUUAUGAUGAUGAUGAUGUUGAUGGUGAUGAUGACGAUUCGGGAAAACACAAUUCAGAUGAGUUCGUUGAACUAACCGUCACCAUCAUUCCCAAUGAUGGUGAUGAUGAUGGUGGUGAGGACGACAACGAGAGGAAGGUCCAAGCAGACAGCUGUGACAGCAACCACAAUAGCGACGACACCAUGUUUAAAAAGAAUAGCAGCAAAAGCAGCAGCAACAGCAGCAACAUUUUUGAAGAGAGCAAAUUCUCCCACUCAACACCAAAACAAGAACUUCUGAAAGAAGAGGAAGAACAACAACAACAGAAGAACACGCAGUUGAAUGACGACCUCAAAACUUUGGACAGCAGCUGCUCAGAGAGUGCAGGUUAUAAAGACGUUGACGAUGAACUUUUUAACGAUAUUGAUUUUAACAUUAACAGGACGAAGAGCUCAAGUGAAGAGAAUGACGACGGUGAUGAAAGUUACUGGCUCUCCCCCAUCUACUUUGACUCUGACAGCAACAACAUCCAGAACGAAAGCACUCUCACGAAUGUCACGCCGAUGGAUGGGGACACUUUCAACGCCAGUCUGCUUACUUCGAUCUGGGAGGCUGGGAGUGAGAUGCAAACUGGGGAAGCACAUCUUCCUGACGCCAGCAUCCACGACAAGUUCUCAAGCGAGGAAGUUGACAGUGACGAUGGUGACUAUCUCUCGCCCAUCACCUUCGAUUUCGACAACAACAACAGCAACAACAACUACAUCAACAACAACUACAACAUCAACAACUGCAACAUCAACAACAACUGCUGCAUCAACAACAACUGCUGCAUCAAAAACUACAACAUCAGCAAGAGAAACAUCAACAACAACAUCCUCAAAACUCACAAGAGAAAAAAAUUCACAAUAAAAGUUAAUUGCACACUCAUUAACAACAACAACAACAACAAUAUGAAUUUCAACAACAACAACAUCAACAACAAUAUAACUUCUAACAACAACAACAUCGCAACAAGAUUCACCCAUCCAGACUCGUGUUGCUGUUUGGCCUGCAACAGUAGAUUCAGACUCCAACAUGAAAACUGCCAACGAGCCAUGCGACUAAGCAACAACAACUUUAACAUCAUCAACAACAACAACAAUAAGUAUAGCAACAUCAGUAACAACAACAGCAACAACAUCAACAACAAAAUGACAAACGAAUUACAACAUUUCUUAAGAUCGCCAUCUAUCGCCUCAUCGUCAACCGCAUCAACAACAAAAUCAACAACAGCAUUAAACAACACAACAACAACAUCCCACAGUACAACAACAUUAUCAUCCAACAACGCAUGCUACUGUGUUAAAAUUAAACUGCCAUUCAAGAAAGUAAAGAGUUCCUCGAUGACGACUGUCCCGGGUUCGAAUCCAACUCAGAGAAGAAAGAACAAACUGCAUAAAUUUUUUCAAAGAAUCAGAAAUAUUGUACAGAAAAAAGUGAAAAAUCACGUCUUGUGA